UGGGAAAUAGAACAAUGGCGGAUUCCACACACCGUACCCACGCCAUUACUUUCUCUGGAAACUGCCAAAACUUCUUCAUUCUGUAAACCAAAAUUACUCUCUUCUACUUGCCUUCGAACCCUAACCCUAAUUUCAUCUGAUAGCUUCUGGUGCGAAUAGAAAGUUCAAUGGACACUAACAUUACACACAGCAUGUUUGACAGGCGCCCGGCCGCCAAUUCCAGAACUCCUGCUGUUAAAUGGGUCAAAGAAUGGGUGCCUCAAGACCUUGUGGCAACUGGUGGGAAGUGCUUAGUACUAAAAUGGGUUAGUGAGGCCAAACUAAAAGAAAUGAGAGAGAAGUCCAAAGAAGCAGAAGUUGCAGAACCGGAGCCUGAACCUACAACAGAAGUUCUUUUCCUUUGCAGUUUUGAAGGGUGUGGCAAGACAUUUAUUGAUGCGGGGGCACUUAGAAAGCAUUCUCAUAUUCAUGGGGAGAGGCAAUACAUUUGCCAUUAUGAGAACUGCGGAAAGAAAUUUUUGGAUAGUUCAAAACUAAAGAGGCAUUUCUUAAUUCAUACUGGAGAGAGAGACUUUGUAUGCCCACAUGACGGCUGUGGUAAGGCAUUCUCUCUUGAUUUUAAUUUAAGGUCUCACAUGAAAACACAUUCGCAAGAGAACUAUCAUGUUUGCCCGUAUCCUGAGUGUGGAAAACGAUAUGCCCACGAGUACAAGCUGAAGAAUCACAUUGCCUCUCAUCAUGAGAAGCAACUCACACAGCACAUGGCUGACCCACCCAAAUAUGUUCCUCCGCCUGCCGAAAAACCAAUAAAAACCCCAAAAGCUCCGGCCAGCAAGCCCACGAGCCACGCAACACCAACACCCGAACGGCCCUAUGCAUGUCCCUAUCAAGGGUGUGAUAAGGCCUACAUUCACGAGUACAAACUCAACCUUCACCUCAGGCGAGAACACCCAGGCCACUUUCCGGAAGAAAACGCCAGCAAACCAAAGGCUGCAAAAGACAUGGACGAAAAUAGCGACCAGGAGCAGCCUUAUUCUGGGGGAAAACGUAAAGUUCAAAAACCACAACUUAACAGGCAGAGGCCAAAUGUAAAGCAGCGGCCUCCAGCAAAAGCCCCUCAGCGGAAAGGCUCCACUGCUGUUGCUGGUGGAGCUUUGGGUGUUAGUUUGUCGAGUGUCGUGAGAAACCAGUGGGCAGCUAAGGAGGAGGUGUAUGAGGAAGAAGAUAGUGAAGAGACUGAGGAGGAACGGGAUAAUGUUGGAGCUGCGUGGAGAUAUGCAGAGAACAACGAGGAGGAUGAUGAGGAGACCGAGUAUGAGGAUUGAAGAUGAAUUUAUUAUCCCUUUGUUUUGUUACUGUUGUUCUUUAUUAGAUGAACAGAACGACUUUUUACUCUACUUUUUGUGUUUUUUGGGGGUGGUGUGUUGAAGUGUUAACAUAAUUUCCUUUCCAAAGCAAAAAAAGAUGAUAAUAAUAAUUAUUACAGUUAUUUUCUUAUGAAAUUUUAUUUUUACCUGCCAAA